UUGUUUUAUUGAAGAAGAAAGAACUCUCCUUCUGAUGCUAUAAAACGACCACAAAACCCGCAGAGGCAUUCUUUUGUUAGUUUUCCCUAAAAUUUACAUUACUGUGAGGUCUGAUGAAAGAUUGAUUGUUUUUCGGUGAGUAUAUUAAAUGGAAGGAUCAUCGACCCAAGGGCAUGAGCAUAGUGAAAGUCCUGCUCAUGAAGAAGAGACGACGAAGAAAGAAGAGGAAGAGUUGAUGGCGAAGGCACAGAGACUCAUGGAAAAGAUUACUGCCUCAUCCGAUAACCCUAAUCCCACACUCCUCCAUGCCCUUGCCUCUCUGUUAGAGAUCCAAGAAUCACUAUUCUUGCAAGAUAAUGGUUAUUCCACCAGUAAUGCUCAUUCCGCGAGAGCGUCUCAUAACAUUGGACGCCUUGGCAACUUACUUCGGGAGAACGAUGAUUUUUUUGAACUGAUAUCAUCCAAGUUUUUCUCUGAAAGUAGAUAUUCCACCUCCGUCCAGGCAGCUGCUGCACGUCUUCUAUUAAGCUGUUCUCUCACUUGGAUAUAUCCUCAUGUUUUUGAAGAACCCAUUGUGGAGAACAUAAAAAAUUGGGUGAUGGAUGAGACUGCCCGUUUUUCUGGUGAAGAUCGUAACUCGAGCCACGAAGUUGGGAAAAGGGAAGCUUCAGAUUCUGAAAUGUUGAGAACUUACUCAACCGGGCUUCUUGUUUUGUGUUUGUCAGGUGGUGGGCAAGUGGUUGUUGAAGAUGUGUUGACAUCUGGAUUGUCUGCAAAGCUUAUGCAUUAUCUGCGCAUACGCGUCCUUGGGGAGACAAGUACAAGUCAAAAAGAUGCUAGCCAUUUAACUGACAGUAGGAAUUCCUCUGGUGCUACCUCCUUAAGAGGUAGAGAAGAAGGUAGGGGUAGAGUCCGGCAGGUUCUUGAGACAAUGCAUUCUGAUGAGCAAAGAACGACUGAUGAGCGAUCUUUUGAUGAUCAAGAUGGUGAAAGGGAUCAGGACAAAGGUAUUGGUAGGCAGACACGUGGAGAAGAGUGCAGGAUUGAUGAUGGAGAACCACCUGAUGGGUCAGCAGAGGGGGUUGAUAUAUGUGAGGUAAAUACCGAUAUUGAGGAAAGAUGGUAUGGUCGUGAGGGAAAGACAAAAUUUGGUGAUUUUGAUGAAGGUGGAAGAGAUGACUCCUCAAGGCGUAGGUCAAAUCGUGGAUGGGCAAGAUCUAGAGGGAAGGGUAGGAUUUAUGAAGGGUCUAUGGAAAGUGAACAAGUUUUGACAUCUCCAGGAUCUGGUAUUCGUCUAGGACAGGGACGGAAUGUAAGAGAUAAGAGUUUCUUAAGAACUUCAGACUUGAAAAAAGUACCAGAUGCUAGGAAGUAUUCAGGAAAAAACAGUUCUGAUAGUUUGAUUGUGGAGAGAGAUGAUGGCGAUGACUGCUUUCAGGGAUGCAGAGUAGGAAGCAAAGACAUCUUUGAUUUGGUAAAGAAAGCAGUUAGUUCUGCUGAGGCUGAAGCUAGAGCAGCAAAUGCUCCUGUAGAAGCCAUCAAAGCAGCUGGUGACUCAGCUGCUGAAGUUGUCAAAAGUGCAGCUCUAGAGGAAUUUAGAACUUCCAACGAUGAAGAAGCCGCUGUUUUGGCUGCUUCCAGAGCUGCUUCUACUGUUAUUGACGCUGCUAAUGCAGUUGAAGUUUCAAGGAACUGUAGCAACAAUAAUGCUGAGUCAGUGAGUUUAAGUGUCACAGAAACAGAAGUAAUUGAGGAUGUUGAAGAAUAUUUCAUCCCUGAUGUUGAAACCCUUGCACAGUUGAGAGAAAAAUACUGCAUUCAGUGCCUUGAGACAUUAGGUGAAUACAUGGAAGUUCUGGGUCCUGUGUUACAUGAAAAGGGAGUAGAUGUCUGUCUUGCACUAUUGCAACGGAGUUGCAAAUCUGAAGAAGCAUCAAAGGUUACAAACAUUUUGCCUGAUGUGAUGAAGCUAAUUUGUGCUUUGGCUGCUCACCGAAAAUUUGCUGCAUUGUUUGUGGAUAGAGGUGGAAUACAAAAGUUGCUUUCUGUGCCAAGAACCAAUCAGACCUUUUUUGGUCUUUCUUCUUGUUUGUUUACUAUAGGAUCUCUUCAGGGGAUUAUGGAACGUGUAUGUGCGCUUCCUUCUGAUGUUGUGUACCAGGUGGUUGAGUUAGCUAUUUACCUUCUUGAGUGCUCCCAGGAUCUAGCCAGAAAAAAUGCAGCCUUAUUUUUUGCUGCUGCAUUUGUGUUCAGAGCAGUUAUUGAUGCUUUUGAUGCUCAGGAUGGCUUACAGAAAUUACUGGGCCUUUUAAACGAUGCUGCCUCUGUAAGAUCUGGAGGUAAUUCUGGGGCUUUAGGCCUUUCUGGUUCAACAUCACUUCGAAAUGAUCGAUCACCACCAGAAGUACUGACAUCCUCGGAGAAGCAGAUAGCUUAUCACACUUGUGUUGCUUUGCGACAAUAUUUUAGAGCACAUCUUCUUUUGCUUGUUGAUUCCAUUCGUCCUAAUAAAAGUAAUCGAAGUGCACCCCGGAAUAUUCCAAAUGUAAGGGCUGCUUACAAGCCACUUGACAUUAGUAAUGAGGCAAUUGAUGCAGUUUUUCUACAGUUACAGAAAGAUCGGAAGCUAGGCCCUGCAUUUGUUAGAACUCGUUGGCCUGCUGUUGACAGGUUCUUAAGUUCUAAUGGACAUAUUACCAUGUUGGAAUUGUGUCAGGCCCCUCCUGUUGAGCGUUAUUUGCAUGACUUGCUUCAGUAUGCAUUGGGUGUUCUGCAUAUUGUUACAUUGGUACCGAACAGCCGCAAGAUGAUAGUAAAUGCCACACUCAGUAACAAUCAUUCUGGUAUAGCAGUCAUUUUGGAUGCGGCAAAUGUUACUAGUAGUUAUGUCGACCCCGAGAUCAUACAGCCAGCACUGAACGUGUUAAUCAAUCUUGUCUGUCCUCCACCUUCAAUCAGCAAUAAGCCACCUUUACUUGCACAAGGUCAGCAGUCUGUUUCUGGCCAACCCUCAAAUGGUUCGUCUAUGGAAAAUAGAGAUAGGAAUGCAGAACGUAAUAUUUCAGAAAGAGCUGUUUACAUGCCUAGUCAGAGUGACUUAAGAGAGCGUAAUGGGGAAUCUAGUGUGCUAGAUAGAGGCACUGCAGCAAACACACAGUCCACUAGUGGCAGUUCACAGACACCUUUCCCCACUCCAACAUCAGGAUUAGUUGGGGAUCGUAGAAUAUCUUUAGGUGCUGGGGCAGGUUGUGCUGGUCUUGCUGCACAGCUGGAACAAGGAUAUCGUCAAGCAAGGGAGGCUGUCCGUGCCAACAAUGGCAUAAAGGUACUUCUACACCUCCUGCAACCGCGCAUUUAUUCUCCUCCUGCUGCUCUAGACUGUCUUCGAGCUCUCGCAUGUCGAGUCUUGCUUGGCUUGGCCAGAGAUGAUACAAUUGCGCACAUAUUGACUAAGCUUCAGGUAGGGAAAAAGUUAUCAGAACUGAUUCGAGAUUCAGGUAGCCAGAUGCCUGGAACUGACCAAGGCAGAUGGCAGGCUGAACUUUCUCAGGUGGCGAUUGAGCUUAUUGCGGUUGUAACAAAUUCAGGGCGUGCAAGUACAUUAGCAGCUACUGAUGCUGCUACCCCUACUUUAAGGCGCAUCGAACGAGCAGCCAUAGCUGCUGCUACCCCCAUCACUUACCAUUCCAGGGAACUUCUACUUCUUAUACAUGAACACCUUCAGGCAUCGGGUUUGGGUACAACAGCUGCAACACUGCUCAAAGAGGCACAGUUGACACCUUUGCCCUCAUUGGCAGCCCCAUCAUCUCUUGCACAUCAGGCCUCCAUGCAAGAAACCUCAUCAACACAGCUUCAAUGGCCUUCUGGUCGUACUCCUGGUGGAUUUCUUGCUGAUAAAUUGAAAUUUACUGCACGUGAUGAGGAUAUUAGUUUGAAAUGUGAUUCAAGUAUGUCUUCAAAGAAGAAGCAGCUGGUUUUCUCCCCUUCUUUUAGUUUACAGUCAAGAAAUCAGCCUCAGUCUCAUGAUUGCCAAACACCAGCAUUUAGAAAAGUGUACAGUAGUUCUAAACAGUCUUCUGCACCUCUAAGUGUAUUAGAAAUUCCAUCUGAAUCCAUGACAAAAAAGGGUCUUGACACGGACUGUCAAUGCAAGACCCCAAUUGUGCUGCCUAUGAAACGAAAAUUAUCAGAGUUAAAGGAUACUGGAUUGACGUUGUCUGGAAAGCGACUCAACACUAGUGAUUAUGGACUUAGGUCUCCAGUUUGUCCAACACCUAAUUCUCUCCGUAAAAGCAGUCUUCUUAAUGAUGUUCAGGGUUCUUGUACGCCAUUUUCUAAUCUAAGGGAUCAACAUGGUCGAUCAACAUCAAGCUUUUUGGCAGAUUAUUUGGAUGACAACCAAUAUGGCAAUUACCAUGUGGGACAAUCGACACCUUCCUCCCAACUUGGACUUCAAAAUGAUUCCCAGUCCAGCAAUUCAGAGCGGUUAACCCUAGACUCUCUUGUUGUUCAGUAUCUUAAGCACCAGCAUCGGCAGUGUCCAGCUCCUAUAACCACUCUUCCACCACUCUCUCUCCUACACCCUCAUGUCUGUCCUGAACCAAAGCGGAGCCUUGAUGCUCCAUCAAAUGUAACAGCCCGGCUUGGUUCACGUGAGUACAAAAGUAUGUACAGUGGAAUCCACAGAAAUCGUAGAGAUCGUCAAUUUGUUUACAGCAGAUUCAGGCCAUGGCGAACAUGCCGGGAUGAUGCUGGUGCUCUUUUGACAUGCAUAACGUUUCUUGGAGACUCAUCUCAUAUUGCAGUUGGUAGCCACACUAAGGAGCUCAAAAUUUUUGACACCAACAGCGGCAAUGUGCUUGAGAGCUGCAUAAGCCACCAAGGUCCUUUGACGCUUGUCCAGUCACAUCUUUCAGCUGAGACCCAUCUUUUGCUUUCUUCAAGCUCCCAGGAUGUGCGGUUGUGGGAUGCCUCUUCUGUCUCAGGUGGGCCAAUGCAUUCAUUUGAGGGGUGCAAGGUGGCAAGAUUUAGCAAUUCUGGGAGCAUUUUUGCAGCCUUACCUACGGAGACUUCCCAACGAGGAAUUCUCCUCUAUGAUAUUCAGACCUGCCAAUUGGAAUUAAAACUGUCUGACACACCUGCCAAUUCCACUGGUCGGGGCCAUGCAUAUUCACAGAUACACUUCAGUCCUUCAGACACAAUGCUUCUCUGGAAUGGAGUGUUAUGGGACCGCCGGAAUUCUGCACCUGUCCAUCGUUUUGAUCAGUUCACAGAUUAUGGGGGUGGUGGUUUUCAUCCUGCUGGGAAUGAGGUUAUUAUAAACUCUGAGGUUUGGGAUCUGCGGAAGUUUAGGCUCCUCCGAAGUGUACCAUCCUUGGACCAAACAACAAUAACCUUCAAUGCCCGUGGGGAUGUAAUUUAUGCCAUACUGAGGAGAAAUCUAGAGGAAGUUAUGUUAGCAGUUAACACCCGUCGAGUUAAGCACCCUCUAUUUUCUGCAUUUCGCACAGUAGAUGCUAUCAACUACUCUGACAUAGCCACUAUACCUGUUGAUCGUUGUGUCCUUGACUUUGCAACGGAACCAACUGAUUCAAAUGUUGGAUUGAUAACCAUGGAUGACCAAGACGAGAUGUUUUCAUCAGCUAGGAUUUAUGAAAUUGGUCGUCGAAGGCCAACCGAUGAUGACUCAGAUCCUGAUGAUGCUGAGAGUGAUGAGGAAGAUGAGGAGGAUGAUGACGAUGGUGAUGUGGACCCUUUACUGGGGCCAGAUUUAGAUGGGGAUGGUGAUAGUGAUGGAGAUGAUUUGAGCAACAGUGAUGAUGAUGACAGUGUGAGUGAUCUUGAUGAUGAUGAAGAUGGGGAUUUUAUUAUUGACGAUGUAGAUUAUGACGAUGGAGGUGGAAUUUUGGAGAUAGUGACUGAGGGUGAUGAAGAUGACGAUAGCCAGUUGGUUGAAUCCCUCAGUAGCGGGGAUGAUGAAGAGGGUUUUGUUGGCUUCUAAUUUAACAUAAUUAGCCCACUGAUAUUUAAGUUCAUAUACAUAUAUAUAUUAAUGGUAGUGAGAUAAAUUUCAUGUUUCUUGUCAAUUCAACUUUUAGAUUUCUGAGAGAAAGAGAGAUUUUGGUCAUGUGGCCAAAUUUUUAAAGAAAAAAGAAGGUGCAAUUGAAAGUAAUCAAAGUAUUUCUUUCCCUCC